GAGCAAACGGCUUCAGUUCGAACACAUCGCGAUCGCGACGAAAAGUAUCUGCCAGAUACUCUCUUUCUAAACUCUGACUUGCCGCGGAAGUGAAGUUUUCAACGUCACAUUUGGAUUAAUAUAUUUUUUGCGGAUAAAACAAUUUGUUAAAAUUUAAUCGAAGAUGUCUCAUAAUCGCUUAGCGCUGAAGUUGCCCAGAUUGUUGUUGCUUCUACUGCUGACGCUGCAAUCGCUGCUCGCUGCCGAAGCUCUUGGCUAUCACUACGAUCGUCCAACACGACCUGCGCCCACUUCCGUCUACACCGGCCAUCACUUUGCUCCGCUGCCCACGGUGCAGCCGCUGCCUCCGGUGCCCGCUCUCCCCGCUCUGCCCACAGCGCGUGUGCCGCUGCCCAGGAGUCGUCCAGCUGGUCACAUCGUCAGCCAGUAUGGACCACCGCCAAGUGUAGCUCCAUCGCCAGCUAGCUCGAUCGUGAGCACUUAUUUGCCCCCAGCGUAUGCCUCGCCCAUUGCCUCGAUCAGUUAUCACGGUGUGGCGCCUCCUGCUGCUCCUCCUUCGGCUCCACAGCAGCUGCUGCAGCAGCCCAUCCAUGUGCCAAGUGGCCCGGCAGCAACAGCGCCUCCACUGCGCAUUCCCUACGGCAAGCAGGCGUUGAUCUCGCCCGGCGAAUCCUAUGUGGCCAAUGGCCGGCAGCUGAAGCAAUACGCUGUCAUCGAGAUCAUUGACAACGACAUCGACGAGAGUCCGGCGCCGUUCCUCAGCUCCAGCUUCUUUGAUCGCUAUCGGGCGCAUGUCGGUGCCUCAGGAACUGGAGCCACAGCCACAGGAACAACUGGACUGCAGUUGGACUCGCGUGCUAAUGCUUUGGUGCUGGAGCAACAGGCGCUUAGUGUGCAGCCACGUUUCCAGAAUCAGGGACAGAACGAUGCCAUUGCCCUAGGAUCGGGUGGCUUGGGCUACAUUCGUCUGCCGAAUGGCAAUGUGUAUCUGGGAUCUGGUUCGCUGGGCUACAUCAGUGGUCAGCAGCGUGUUGCUUCAGUUUUGGAUGCGCGCACUCGCUCGGAAUCCACCUCGGAUGCUCUGCACUUUGGCCACGGUCCGCUAGGUGGCGCUGAUAACUUCUUGAGAUUUAAGUGAGAGAAGCGAACUUCUUGAGAUUUAAGUGAGAAUAGCAAGAGAGCAAGAGUUUUGGCAGCAUUGUGAAGAGUUGCUGCCAUCCGCAAGCAUUUUGUACAAUACAUAUCUUAUUGUAAAUAUUUAAAUAAAAAAAAAACACAUACGAAAACAAAAUUCAUAUUGUAGCAUUAAGUUUCCUUCUCUAAACGCCGUUAAACACUUACAACCUAUGUAUGUAAUUUGCAAGCAUUUUGUAUGUUUUCCUAUGCGCACCGCUAAAUGUUGACAAAAUAAACACAUUGAAAAUGGA